AUGGCUUCUCGAUUCCCACGCUCCAACCUUCACCAGCGUGAUCCUCGCGCAUCGGCUUCCCUCUUUGAUUCAUAUGGCGGCGAUUCCAGACCUGUCAGUAGGUCGCCCGGCCGAGUGGGUGGUUAUGGCUAUGGAGGAUAUCCCAGCAAUGGGUCGAUUAAUGAAACCCCUGUCGGAAGUGGAUACAGGGCUGCGACGCCAAACGCGAAGGGCCACUACUCCGAUGCAGUUUUAUCUCAUCUAGAGUCGCAGAAUGAUGCCGAGGUAGAAGGUAUCAGCGCAAAAGUUAAGAUGCUGAAAGAUCUUACACUUGCUAUUGGCGAGGAAAUUCGGGAUACUUCGACCAUUACAGAACUUAAUGAUACAUUUGACAACACUCGUCUUCGUAUACGAGGCAACAUGAGUCGCAUGCUGCGGAUGGCUGAGCGGACAGGCGUCGGCUGGCGUGUAUGGCUGGCUUUCUUCCUGGCUGUAUUCCUACUCUUUGCUUAUGUGUGGAUGAGUUGAACGGUCCGGUUAUGGCUCUCUGCGAGGGCCCAUGAAUGCUCAACUCACCCUGUCUCCUCUGUGGCGACUGACGCAUCAUUACUCUGAUAAUUUGUUGUCCCAACUUAUGCUCCUCGCCUCGCUGACAAAGAUCAUGAACCCAUCCGAACCGAAUAAAUUACUAAUGAAUUCCUUGCUAAUAUAUCUGAUGAUUGACAAACGAGCAUGCCUUCUUGACUGUGUGUCCACCCUACAUCCACCCCC